GGAGAAAUAUAAAAAUAUGUAUUCAAUUACUUGGUUGAAUGAUGAAAUUCUCCCUCCUACAUACGAAGUAUAAAGUGGUUACCCUAUUGUUAGCGCAUUUCACACGCUAAUCUCUCUCUUCCUCGUUCACAUGACCUAAUCAGAAGAUUGCGGCGGCGACGACGACGACGACGACGCAGAUCUCACACCACACCGCAACCAAAGCGUGGACAACUCCUUCCUUUACGAUUGCAAGUAGUUGAUUUCUAAGUAGGUUAGUAUAUUGAUCAGAAGGAGAAGCUUGCGACUUUGUCAACAAGGAGCUUAAACUGUUUUUGAUGGCUAAUCUACAAUGGUCAAUUCCUUCAAUGGUUGAUGGCCUGAACCGAGUUCAAAGAAAGGUCCUUUUCUGUGCUUUCAAGCUGAACAUUUAUGAGGACGUAGAAGUUUCAGAGUUCUCUCGUUAUGUAGCUCUUGAAUCUAAUUAUCUUCGUAGUAAGCGGGAUCUUGCCAGGGCCAUUUUUUGCAUGGCACAUGAUUAUUUGGGCACCAAUAACAUAAAUCUUCUUGAACCAAAUGCCCUAUCUCGUUACCUAGGAGGCAAAGAUCAUGAUGCUGUUCCUACAUAUAGAUACACUCGGCUGUCUCCUAUCACACAGUACCUGUUCCCCAAAGAUGAUGAUAUUCUGCUUGAGUACAUAAAAGAAGAUGGAAACUCUGUUGAACCUAGUUGGUACAUGCCAAUUAUACCAAUGGUUCUAGUCAAUGGAACUGAAGUCAUAGUGACCGGAGAUCGAUCUUAUAUCCCAAAAUAUAAUCCGAUGGACAUUGUUUCAAAUUUGAGGUGUUUACUAAAUGAGAAGCCAAUGCAGCCAAUGCAACCCUGGUACAAAGGAUUUAGAGGAAAUAUUAAGAAAGCUGCAGCAGAUGGCUACACUAUCGAAGGACUAAUAGAGGAAGUCGAUGCAACUACACUCAGGAUUACAAAGCUACCUAUUGGAGUAUCGCGUCAAGAUUAUAUAGACUUUCUGCGAUCGAUGACAACAGGGAAUGAUCCAUUCAUCAAGUAUUACAUAAAGCGCAAUGCUGAUGACACAACUGUAAAUUUUGAAGUCAUCUUACCUGCGGAGAACUUGAGCAUGGCCAAGCAUGAGGGUUUGCUUAAGAAAUUUAAGCUUACUACUACGAUCAAGACAAGUAACAUGUGCCUGUUCAACCGAGAAGGCAUGAUCAAGAAAUAUGACACCCCUAUACAAAUUCUUGAGGAAUUCAUUCCUAUAAGACUUGAAUUCUAUGAGAAAAGGAAGAAGUAUGUGUUAUGCAAUCUUGAAAUGGAAUUGUUGAAACUGGAAAACAAAGUUAAGUAUGUAACUGAAGUUCUAGAAGGGAAGAUCAGUUUUUUCCAGGGAACAUUGAUAGUCUGGUAAUGCUGUUGAAAGAAAAAGACUUUAUGACUUUGGGGAAGAUAACAAAUACUCCUGAAUCAGCAGUUCCUGAAGAAGAUUAUGAAUACAUACUCAGAAUGCCACUUCUGAGCUUUUCUAAUGAUGGGUAUAAGGAGCUAUGUUAUACAAGAGAUAUGCUUAAAAAUCGUGUUAAUGAUUUGAAAGAUGAAACUCCGAAGUCUAUGUGGUUGAAAGAUCUUGGCAGUUUUGAGAAGUUACUUCUUGAGGGUGUGAAACCCAGUGCAGUUCGGAAGAAUGCUUCUAAGAAGCGUAAGUUGUCAACUGUUGGUCCUCACCUCCGCCGCCACCAAGAAAGUAGUGGCAGUAAUUACGGGCAAGUCCGACAUUGAAGGCGUUGUCACUCUCACCCAAGAGCAUAAUGGUCGAUUCUUCAGCUCUCUAAUUAAAUAGGUCUUAUUUUUUCUUGUUUUAUUUUGUUAUUAUGUUUCUGCACUUAUCAAAUAUUUAUAUGUUUUUGAGCUGAACU